AUGGAACUGAAUCUGUCGAAGAAUGUAAUGUCUUGUGGGGACCCAGGUGGGAUGAAUUUGGACAGAAUCGCAGAGGCCGCGAGACCGCCGCCGCCGACGACGACGACGACGACGACGACGACGCGCGACGUGGCCUCCUCGUUCCAUUUGCCGCGAGCUUCCAACGACAGUCGCGAAGCGCUCGAGAACUCGAGCAGCGAGUCGUCGGACGAGCUGGCAGAGAAGGAGAGGAGCGUCGAACACAGGAGCGAUGACGGCAACGCGGACGACCCCAAGAAGAAGAAGCAGCGCCGGCAGAGGACCCACUUCACCAGCCAGCAGCUGCAGGAGCUGGAGGCCACCUUCCAGAGGAACCGCUACCCGGACAUGAGCACCCGGGAGGAGAUAGCCGUGUGGACCAACCUCACCGAGGCCAGAGUCAGGGUGUGGUUCAAGAACCGGAGGGCCAAGUGGAGGAAGCGGGAGCGCAACCAGCAGAUGGACCUGUGCAAGAACAGCUACCUGCCGCAGUUCAGCGGCCUCAUGCAGCCCUACGACGACAUGUACCCGGCCUACACCUACAACAACUGGACCAACAAGGGCCUCACCCCAGCGCCCCUGUCCACCAAGAACUUCACUUUCUUCAACUCCAUGAGCCCCCUCACCACGCAGUCCAUGUUCUCCGCGCCCAACUCCAUCUCCUCCAUGACCAUGGCGUCCGGCAUGGGUCACUCGGCCGUGCCGGGCAUGCCCACCGCGGGCCUCAACAACAUCAGCAACCUGAACGGCAUCGGCACCUCCACCAUCAACUCAGCCAUGUCCUCCUCCGCCUGCCCGUACGGGCCCCCCGGGUCCCCUUACAGCGUAUAUAGAGACACGUGUAAUUCAAGCCUGGCCACCCUGAGACUUAAAUCCAAGCAGCAUCCCACCUUCGGAUACAGCGGCUUACAAAGCCCGGGGUCUACUCUGAACGCCUGCCAGUACAACAGCUGACGGGCUAAGAGACGAUGAAUUAUAACAGUAACAGUAAUAAUAAUACUAAUAACUAGCAACGAAACGAUCAGCACACACACACACGCGCGCAUGCGCACACACGCGCAGGGGGUGUGUGCGUGUAGGGCCCAUAUGUCUGCCUGCGGAUGGGGGAAAGACAACUAAACUGGAUUAGUUGCAAUCAUUUAUUUUUCAACAUGGAUUAUGCGGGUUGUACUAUGUGUUUACCAAUGAACUUGCACAGCAAUUUAAAAUGUCCAGGUUUUAUUUCUUAUUUUUUUAAUUUUUUUUUUUUGUUUCUUUCUAAAGUGAUGAAGACAUGUUACAUUGCUGCAUUGUACAUAUAUACAGUCGAACAGACGGUGGACAGUCUGUGCUUUUUUCUUUUUUUCGUUUUUUGCCUCGCUUGCUUUUGCAGCCUCGCGCCGUUUAGCUCAUGCUUGGUUCGGGCCCGCGACCUAUCCGGACCAGGAAGAAAAGGAAAAACAACAAAACAAAAAAACGAGACGAACGUGACAUAAAUGUGGACCCGGUGAAAACAAGACAUCUAAUAUGUUGUACAUAGUUGGGUAGACUCUUAUCAUGCUUAUGUGUGCUUUAUCCAGCGCCUCUAUGCAGGUUGCUUAUAAUGCGUCCAGUGACUGUAGC